UCUGUGCGCCUGCGCGGUGCGGGCCCUGGGAGGGUCUCUGGAGCGCCAGAGUCGGCUGCUGGAAGCGGGACCUGCGGCCGCUGCUCUGUCGCAUUUGCAGCCGGGUCGCGGAAGCUUGCGCGCUGGGCACAUCCCUCGUGUCUGCCGGCGGAGAGCUUGGGAUGUGGUAAUGUCAGCCAGACUUUUCAGAGCCCUGGCCGGAUCUUACUGUGUUUUAUCAAAAGUGUUUCAGUGCCCAAGACUUGGUCAUCGAACGUUAAAAGCACUUAAGGAAUUUGAGACUGCGACAUGCAGCACCAUGACGAGAGGUCGAAACUUGGCUUUGUGCUUUCCUGAGACAGCAGCAGGUGGUUCGAAGAAGUCCCAGGUCCUGGAAACAAGUCCCGAAAUCCCAAAUACAAACAUACUGUGUCCAGUAAGCGCUGCACGUUGCCAAGAUGAAAAAGCGCACCUUCCGACCAGGAAAUCUUUUAGUACUCACAGGAAAGUGACUCACAAACCAAGUCGAUUAGGUUCUAAGUGGUUUAUAAAGAUAUUAGAGCAGCAUUACUCAUCUAUAUCAACGGAAACGGUUGUUCCUAAACAAGAUUUUCCACAAAUCAAGAGACCACUAAAAGCAUCGAGGACCAGGCAGCCAUCCAGGACGAACCUUCCAGUUCUGUCUGUGAAUGAGGACCUGAUGCACUGCACAGCAUUUGCAACUGCAGACGAGUAUCAUCUUGGGACUCUCUCUCAGGAUCUGGCCGCCCACGGAUAUGUUGAAGUAACGAGCCUGCCGAGAGAUGCGGCUAAUAUUUUGGUGAUGGGUGUGGAACAUUCUGCGAAAGAAGGUGAUCCUGGCACAAUAUUCUUCUUCAGAGAAGGAGCUGCCGUGUUCUGGAAUGUGAAAGACAAAACUAUGAAGCAUGUGAUGCAAGUCUUAGAAAAACAUGAAAUCCAGCCCUACGAAAUCGCACUGGUGCACUGGGAGAAUGAGGAGCUUAACUACAUCAAAACAGAGGGACAGUCCAAACUUCACAGAGGGGAAAUCCGAUUAAAUUCGGAGCUGGAUUUAGAUGAUGCCAUUCUAGAGAAGUUUGCUUUCUCAAAUGCUCUCUGCCUUUCAGUGAAGCUGGCCAUCUGGGAGGCAUCGCUGGACAAAUUUGUUGAGUCUAUUCAGUCAAUUCCAGAGGCUUUAAAAGCUGGGAAGAAAGUGAAACUAUCUCAUGAAGAAGUUAUGCAGAAAAUGGGUGAACUCUUUGCCCUGAGACAUCGUAUAAACUUGAGUUCAGACUUCUUGAUCACUCCCGACUUCUACUGGGACAGAGAGAACCUGGAACAGCUGUAUGACAAGACCUGUCAGUUCCUGAGCAUUGCUCGUAGAGUUAAGGUCAUGAAUGAAAAGCUUCAGCACUGCAUGGAGCUAACAGACCUAAUGCGGAGUCACCUGACUGAGAAGCGGGCCCUCCGCCUGGAGUGGAUGAUCGUCAUCCUCAUCACCAUCGAGGUAAUGUUUGAGCUGGGACGAGUAUUUUUUCUGAUCAAGUGACGACCAAAGAAGCACCAGUGCAAGAGAUGCUAAAGUUCUGCAGUCAAAACUAAGUGCUCAUUGUUGGGGGAAUCUCUUAUCUAAUAGGUAUUUAAAUUUUUUUAAUCAAAAAGUUGCAAUGAUCUUUUUUAGCUCCUAAAUGUAUUGCUGCUUGAAUAAAAAUUAUGAUGAAUUUGA